AUGGGCGGGGCUUGAGUUUCACGGAGGUCCUGGGAAGGCGAAAUGGAGGGGUGUGUGUCUAACGUCAUGAUCUGUAACCUGGCCUACAACGGGAAGCUGGAUGAGUUGAAGGAAAGCAUUUUGGCUGAUAAGUCUCUGGCCACUAGAACUGAUCAGGACAGCAGAACAGCAUUGCACUGGGCAUGCUCAGCUGGUCAUACAGAAAUUGUUGAAUUCUUGCUGCAACUUGGAGUGCCAGUGAAUGAAAAAGACGAUGCAGGUUGGUCUCCUCUUCAUAUUGCUGCUUCCGCUGGCCGGGAUGAGAUUGUAAAAGCCCUUCUGAUAAAAGGGGCACAAGUGAAUGCCGUCAAUCAAAAUGGCUGCACGCCCCUCCAUUAUGCAGCUUCCAAGAAUAGGCAUGAGAUUGCUGUUAUGUUACUAGAAGGUGGGGCUAAUCCAGAUGCUAAGGACCAUUAUGAUGCUACAGCAAUGCACCGGGCAGCAGCCAAGGGUAACUUGAAGAUGGUUCAUAUCCUUCUGUUCUACAAAGCAUCCACAAACAUCCAAGAUACUGAGGGUAACACUCCUCUACACUUAGCCUGUGAUGAGGAGAGAGUGGAAGAAGCAAAAUUGCUGGUGACCCAAGGAGCAAGUAUUUACAUUGAAAAUAAGGAAGAAAAGACACCGCUGCAAGUCGCCAAAGGAGGCCUGGGUUUAAUACUCAAAAGAAUCGUAGAAAGUGAAGCAGCUUCUAUGUAGUCUGUGUAUGUAUGUCCUCACUGUCCUGGAAACUGUUGUACUGCUCACAAGGCAUCUCGUAUGAAAAUGUUUUCUCGUCUUCAUAAUUUGAUAACGUGUUGUAUUGCUCCUAUCGAAGUACUUGUUCUACACUUACUACCCACUUUCCAGGCAUUGAAAAACUGGUGAGCUUGUUCUACUGAUGUCAUUCAUUAAAUCUUGAUUACUUUGGAGUAAGUGGUUGUGGCUGUCCUGUCUUGAGCAUCCUCCAUGCACUUACUGACCCGCUGUGCAACAGAACAUGUUCAGAAAUGGCCUGCCAGUUGGGCCAGGUGGUUCUGGGAGCUUCUGUGAUCUCUGCAGUCAAAACAAAUACUGACCUGUUUUUCAAGUUCACUCAGAGACCUAUGCCAAAUAUUUCCAUUUUUUUCAACUACAAGGUUAAUUUAUUUUUGUUACAGGAGGAAGUUCUAUAUUUUAGAGGAGCAAAUUUUAAGUCAAAUUGUAUGUUCUUAAAAUAAUGAAGAACGAGAGCCUACGUGCCCAUGUACCAUUGUAACUAGCCAUUUCCCUCUAAAAUAAGACAUAUCAUUUUAAAAAAAAUAAAUUAACUCACCUUGUAUUGAAAAGAAUUGUCAAACUUAUUAAAAACAUGUAUAACAAAAUUAAUUUUGAUUUGUAUUUCAAGUAUUACAAACAAUAAACUGUUGAAAGAA